GACACCAACAACACAGCAAAGCACAGUAACUCAAGACAUCGAUCAUUCUCUCUACCAUCGACGUGACAAAACAAAAUGGCGCUCCCUCAGAUGAGAGCGCCGGUGAACUAUACAGAGCAGCAAGAUGCGAUCCAGGAUUUUUUGAAGUCUUUCAAAGCAAUUGAGACAAGCGAAGCGCUGGAAACGCUGAACAUCAAUGACGAUGAUCAGGAUGAGGAGUAUGAUUUCAUGGACGAGUCAGACGAGGGUGGAAGGGGCCAGCGAAGAGGGCAAACCAGAGCAUCACGUCAACCGAAGGUCAAAUACAUGCGGUUACUGCAAGAUGUUGCCGACAGAAAGAGCAGUCAUGUUUUGAUUGAGCUUGACGAUCUUGACGAAUAUGAAAAACCGUACCGAGAGCAAGGCCAAGACUUUCAGCUAGUUUCCUCAAUUGAAGGGAAUGCGCAGCAUUAUAUCGAGAUUUUCUCGCGUGCAAUUGACAAGGUCCUACCUGAGCAAACCGCAGACCUAACCUUCAAAGAUGACGUCCUUGAUAUCAUAGUCGCUCAACGACAAAAGCGGAAUGAAACAAUCCAAGAAGCUCAAGAGGCUGGUAUGCAGUCUCUAGAUGCGGAAAUGGUCUUUCCUCCUGAGUUGACCAGACGCUAUACGGUCAAUAUCAAACCGCGUACUCCGUCCGGCUCUUCAGACGAAUCGAUAUCCUCAAAAGCGCUUGCGGUGCGCAAUAUCAAAGGAGAACAUCUCGGACAGUUGAUUACUGUCCGUGGUAUUACGACCAGAGUAUCUGAUGUCAAGCCGUCAGUGUUGGUUAACGCCUAUGCCUGCGAUCGCUGUGGAUUCGAAAUCUUCCAGCCCAUCACCACCAAGCAGUUUGCUCCCUUGAUGGACUGUCCUGCGAAAGAAUGCAAGGAUAACGGUAGCCGAGGAGAACUAUUCCACUCCACACGAGCAAGCAAAUUCUUACCCUUCCAGGAGAUCAAAAUUCAGGAAAUGUCCGACCAGGUUCCUGUCGGUCAUAUUCCUCGUCUUUUGACAGUCCAUGCACAUGGAUCGUUGUGCAGACAAAUCAACCCUGGAGAUGUGGUUGACCUUGCAGGAAUUUUCUUGCCCAUCCCGUACACGGGUUUCAAAGCCCUACGUGCUGGACUUCUCACCGACACAUACCUGGAGUUACAGUGGACCAAUCAACACAAGAAAGCUUACGAUGACAUCGUUCUGUCUCAGUUGACUUUGAGCAGGAUGAGCUCACUACAACGAUCCGGGCAGCUCUACGAGUUUCUAUCGCGCUCGAUUGCCCCCGAAAUCUUCGGCCACAUCGAUGUGAAAAAGGCGCUAUUGCUACAACUAAUCGGCGGCGUUACCAAAGAAAUGGGCGACGGCAUGCGAAUUCGAGGAGACAUCAAUAUCUGCUUGAUGGGUGAUCCCGGUGUUGCAAAAUCCCAAUUGCUGAAGUACAUCACUAAAGUCGCACCGCGUGGAGUAUACACGACAGGUCGUGGGUCCAGCGGUGUAGGUCUGACCGCAGCGGUGAUGAGAGAUCCAGUCACGGAUGAAAUGAUCCUUGAAGGCGGAGCCCUGGUCCUGGCCGACAACGGCACCUGCUGUAUUGAUGAAUUUGAUAAAAUGGACGACUCGGACCGCACAGCCAUCCACGAAGUCAUGGAGCAGCAGACCAUUUCCAUUUCGAAGGCCGGCAUCAACACGACCCUGAACGCUCGCACGUCAAUCCUUGCCGCUGCUAAUCCGCUCUAUGGCCGGUAUAAUCCACGAAUCUCACCUGUUGAGAACAUCAAUCUCCCUGCUGCCCUACUCUCCCGAUUCGAUAUCCUUUUUUUGAUGCUCGACACCCCGGACCGCGAAUCCGACGAAGAGCUGGCGAGACACGUCACUCACGUACACAUUCACAACCGGCAUCCCGAUCCCGUAGGCACGGACGGCACCAUCUUCUCUCCGGCAGAAGUCCGCCAAUGGGUCGCACGAGCGCGCAGUUUCCGGCCGGUGAUCCCAAAGAGCGUGGCUGAUUACUGUGUUGGUGCAUAUGUUCGCAUGCGAGCCCAGCAGAAGCGCGAUGAGAAUUCCAAGCGUGGAGCUUUCACUCACACCACCCCUCGUUCUCUCCUGGCGGUCCUCCGUCUUGCCCAAGCUUUGGGACGGCUGCGAUUUGCCGAGGAGGUCAUAUCCGAAGAUGUCGAUGAAGCUCUGCGUCUUCUGAACGUCUCGAAAGCCAGCUUGUACGCUGACGAGCAAGAUCGCAAUGCUGACCAGACUCCAGCGUCGAAGGUCUAUCGCCUGAUACGCGGCAUGAAAGAAAGUGGUGCAGCGGCCGUCGGGGAUGGAUCGGGUGCCCUCGAUCUUAGAAGGGUUAGGGAAAGAGUCAUGGCCAGGGGCUUCACCGAGGACCAAUUUGAGGAAGCGGUGGAUGAAUAUGCCAUGCUUGACGUGUGGCACACGACCACGGACGGAACAAGGCUUAUUUUCAUACAGGUUGACGAUGAGGAUGAAGAUAUGCAGUAAUAUCGGUACUGGUCCGUAUGGUGUUUCUAUAAGCGUUCUGGCGCAAAUUCCUCUAUUGGUCAUGGCAGUAUGAGUUUUCAUGUAUGGUUUGGUAGCCCAGUGCAGAAUUGGGAGCAUUCUUUUCGUUUUCCACCCGCGCAGUAAGCCGUGUCGGCUUGGAUACCUUUACGCACAUUCUAACGCAACGAUGCCUUU